AUGGGGUGGCUCUUGUGUUACCUAGUAACGCUUCUCGUAUCUCAUAUCCUUUCCUUAUGUACGUGCCAAGACAAAUUAGUACCAGGACAGAAUAUCACUGGGAACAACACUUUGGUUUCUUCCCCUGGUACGUUUUCCUUAGGCUUCUUCAAUCCUGAGAAUUCUACCAAAUACUUUCUUGGUAUACGAUUCAACACAUUCCCAAAUACUGCAUUAGUAUGGAUUGCUAACAGAGAAUCUCCGCUUGAUGCUCCGGGUUUGUUUAUGCUCAGCAGCGAUGGAAACCUUGUAGUGUUGGAUGAUACUAGAAACCUUGUCUGGUCAACUAGUGCUUCAAUACCUGCUUCUGCAAUGAAUCACACAACUGGACUACUAGAGGAUUCCGGAAACCUUGUUCUGAGCUUUGAAGAAGUCACCCUUUGGCAGAGCUUCGAUCAUCCCUCUGAUACUUUGUUGCCCGGCAUGAAGAUUAGCUUGAACAAGACGUCUGGCCAACAAAGGCGCCUUACAUCCUGGGCAGCGCUUGAUGAUCCACAACCCGGAAAGUUCACAGCAGGCAUUGAUCCACAAGUACCAUUUCAGGCCAUUAUAUGGAAGGAAACUUCUCGGUAUUAUAGAAGUUUGAUGCCGGGCAAGGAUACAAAAACAGAGUUUCAGAAUCAAGGUGGAUCCUUGUCUUACAUAUCUUACAACUUUGAUGUUGAUGAGGUUUAUGUUUUUGUAAGUAUCUCGGAUAGUUCAGUAAAAAUGAGGGUCUGGUUGAGUCCAACAGGGCAAUAUCAACAGCUGCUGUGGCAUGAUUCUAGUAAAUCGUGGUUGAAACUGUUGAAUGCACCUAGUGAUAACUGUGAUUUUUAUGCUCAUUGCGGUCCCAAUAGUGCCUGUCGUAGAGGGGAAUCCUUGUCUUCAUCACCAUGCAAGUGUUUGACUGGUUUUAAAGCCAAGUUUCCGAACCAAUCGGCGGUGGGGGAUUGGUCCGGUGGCUGUGUAAGGGAAAAUGUGUUGACAUGUGGUAACGGCCUAAAAGGCAAUUUUUCAAAGCUUGAAAUGGUGAAACUGCCGGAUUAUUCUGUUUGGUUAAACAAUAGGAGUAUGAGCGAGUGUGAAUCUGAAUGUCGGCAGAACUGUUCUUGCACAGCUUAUGCUUAUGUUAAUGGGACAGAUGGAAAUACAGGGACUUGUUUGACAUGGUUUGGCGAAUUACUGGAUCUAGUAGAGAAUAAAACUACAUAUGAUAUUUAUAUUCGUGUUCCUGGCUCCGAACUAGGCACCAAGGGUCUUUCUGUUAAUUCCUUGAAGCGGACCAUUGUAAUUGCAAUAGUCUCUACAGCAGUUGGAUUGCUUACAAUAACUUUUGGCUAUUUCUUAUGGAAGAAAAAAUUGGGGAGGAUAGCCAGAAGAGUGAGUGCGAAUAUAAGUAAGGUCAGUGCAGGAGGCGGGAAGAAUGAUACAGAACUACCACUCUUCUGUUUACGGAGCAUAUUAGCUGCUACAAACAACUUCUCUGAAGACAAUAAACUUGGAGAGGGAGGAUUCGGCCCUGUUUAUAAGGGAAUUUUGCCGGAAAAUCAAGAAGUGGCCAUAAAGAGGCUAUCAAAGAAGUCUGGGCAAGGACAUCAUGAGUUCAUGAAUGAGUUGAAACUUAUAGCCAAACUCCAGCACACCAACCUUGCUCGUCUCUUGGGUUGCUGUAUGGAAGAAGAUGAACUCAUAUUGAUCUACGAGUACAUGCCUAAUCGAAGUCUGGACAAAUUUUUGUUUGAUCCUUCUGAAAAGACAAAGUUGGACUGGGGUAUACGCUAUCGAAUUAUACAUGGUGUUGCUCAAGGAGUACUAUAUAUCCACAAAUACUCUAGAUUGAAAAUUAUCCAUAGAGAUCUAAAAGCAAGUAAUGUGCUAUUGGAUGGAGCAAUGAAUCCCAAAGUGUCUGACUUUGGAAUGGCGAGGAUAUUUGAUAUAAAUCAAACUGAAGCAAAUACCAACAAGGUUGUUGGGACAUACGGCUACAUGUCACCUGAAUAUGCACUAUAUGGUCAUUUUUCUGAGAAAUUGGAUGUGUUUAGUUUUGGAGUGCUAUUGUUAGAGAUUGUAAGUGGAAAGAAGAAUGCUUUGUUUUAUUCUUGCGAAAUUUCACUAACGCUAGCUCAAUGGAUAUGGCAAUUAUGGAAAGAAGGUAGAGAGAUGGAAGUAAUUGACGCAUCAGUAAGGGAAACUUGCCGGAUUCAUGAAGCUUUGAGAUGCAUCCAUGUCGGGCUUUUGUGUGUUCAAGAAGCUCCAGCUGAUCGACCAACAAUGUCAUCGGUAAUUCAUAUGCUAGAGGUCGAUGAAGCUACAUCACUUCCACCCUCAAAAGAACCUGCUUUUUCAACAAGUAGGAUUUCAAGUCCUGUUACCACAUAUUCCAAAAAUGUCGUCACUAUUACUUUGCCAGAACCUCGACAAGACAAAAUAGUACCAGGACAGUACAUCACUGGUAACCACACUUUGGAAUCUUCCCUUGGGACCUUUUCAUUAGGCUUCUUCAAUCCUGAGAAUUCAACUAAAUACUUCCUUGGUAUACGAUUCAACACGUUCCCAAAUACUGCACUAGUAUGGAUUGCUAACAGAGAAUCUCCGCUUGAUUCUCCAGGUUUGUUUAUGCUCAGCAGCGAUGGAAACCUUGUGGUGUUGGAUGAUACUAGAAACCCUGUCUGGUCAACUAAUGCUUCAAUAUCUGCUUCUGCAAUGAAUCACACAACUGGACUACUAGCGGAUUCCGGAAACCUUGUUCUGAGCUUUGGAGAAGACACAUUUUGGCAGAGCUUCGAUCAUCCCUCUGAUACUAUGUUGCCCGGCAUUAAGAUUAGCCUGAACAAAACGUCUGGCCAACGAAGGCGCCUAACAUCCUGGGCAGCGCUUGAUGAUCCACAACCAGGAAGGUUCACAUUCGGCAUAGAUCCUAAAGGACAAGUUCAGUGCUUUAUUUGGAACAAAACUACUCGGUAUUGGAGAAGUUCCAUGUUUGUCGGCAAGGAUACACGAACAGUGUUUCAAAAUACAAGUGGAACUGCGUUUUUCCUGUCUUAUAACUUUGAUGUUGAUGACGUUUAUCUUUCUUAUAGUGUCUCGGAUAGCUCAAUAAAAUUGAGGGUCUGGUUGAGUCCGUCAGGGCAAUUUAAUCUGCUGCUGUGGCAGGAUACUGGUAAAAAGUGGCUGGACCUGGGGACUUCACCAGGUGAUAACUGUGAUUUUUAUGCUCGUUGCGGUCCCAAUAGUUCCUGUCGUAGAGGUGAAUACCUAACCUCAUCACCAUGCAAGUGUUUGACUGGCUUCAAAGCCAAGUUUCCUAACCAAUCGGCAGUGGGGGAUUGGUCCGGUGGCUGUGUUAGGGAAAAUGUGUUGACAUGUGGUAGCGGCAUAAAAGGCAAUUUCUCAAAGCUUGAAAUGGUGAAUCUGCCGGAUUAUUCUGUUUUGUUAAACAAUAGGAGUAUGAGCGAGUGUGAAUCUGAAUGUCGGCAGAACUGUUCUUGCACAGCUUAUGCUUAUGUUAAUGGGACAGAUGGAAGUACAGGGACUUGUUUGGCAUGGUUUGGCGAAUUACUGGAUCUAGUUGAGAAUUACAAUAUUGAUGCACAUGAUGUCUAUAUUCGUGUUCACGGCUCUGAAUUAGGCAAAACUGGACUUUCUGCUAAUUCCUUGAAGCGGACCCUUGUAAUUGCAAUAGUCUCUGCAGCAUUUGGAUUUCUUACAAUAACUUUUGGCUAUUUCUUAUGGAAGAAAAAAUUUGGGAGGAUAUCAAGAGUGAGUGGGAAUACAAGUAAGGUUACUGCAGGAGGUGGGAAGAAUGAUACAGAACUACCACUCUUCAGUUUGAGGAGUAUAUUAGCUGCUACAAACAACUUCUCUGAAGGAAAUAAACUUGGAGAGGGAGGAUUUGGCCCUGUUUAUAAGGGAAUUUUGCCGGAAAAUCAAGAAGCAGUGGCCAUAAAGAGGCUAUCAAAGAAGUCUGGGCAAGGACAUCAUGAGUUCAUGAAUGAGUUGAAACUUAUAGCCAACCUCCAACAUACCAAUCUUGCUCGUCUCUUGGGUUGCUGUAUGGAAGAAGAUGAACUCAUAUUGAUCUACGAGUACAUGCCUAAUCGAAGUUUGGACAAAUUUUUGUUUGAUCCUUGUGAAAAGACAAAGUUGGAUUGGGGUACACGCUUUCGAAUUAUACAAGGUAUUGCUCAAGGAGUACUAUAUAUUCACAAAUACUCUAGAUUGAAAAUCAUUCACAGAGAUCUAAAAGCAAGUAAUGUUCUGUUGGAUGGAACAAUGAAUCCCAAAGUAUCAGACUUUGGAAUGGCGAGGAUUUUUGAUAUAAAUCAAAUUGAAGCAAAUACCAACAAGGUUGUUGGGACAUACGGCUACAUGUCACCUGAGUAUGCUCUAUAUGGUUAUUUUUCUGAGAAAUUGGAUGUAUUUAGUUUCGGAAUAUUGUUGUUAGAGAUUAUAAGUGGAAAGAAGAAUGCUUUGUUUUAUCAUUGCGAAAAUUCACUAACGCUUGCUCAAUGGAUAUGGGAAUUAUGCAAAGAAGGUAGUGGAGUAGAGGUAAUUGACGCAUCAGUGAGGGAAACAUGCCAGAUUCAUGAAGCUUUGAGGUGCAUCCAUGUCGGGCUUUUGUGUGUUCAAGAAUCUCCAGCUGAUCGACCAACAAUGUCAUUAGUGAUUCAUAUGCUCGAGGCUGAAGAAGGUACAUCACUUCCACCCUCCAAAGAACCUGCUUUUUCAACAAGUAGGAAUUCAAGUCCUGUUACCAUUUAUUCCAAAAAUGUAGUCACUAUUACUUUGCCAGAACCUCGAUAG